UUGUAUUUGUAGGUCUUAAGGAAUCUUUGUUAAGUGCUCCUUUAAGUCCGUGACACACUCAUCCACACCCACACUCUCAUCUGAGCCACUGUUCUCAGUCCGAACACUUCUCCAUUUCUCAUCUGAAAAUGAGGAGCAUCUUUGCAAUUCUCUUUAUUCUGGGCUUGUUUAAGCAUGCUUUUUCUGAAGAAGGGUAUUGCUCUGCUCCUUCUGGACUUAGUACGGACGCGAAAGCAAAGCCUCUUUAUUGGAAAGUCGACACUCCCACUCUCUCUCCUGUUCACCUUAAAGAUUUACCUGGAUUCACACGCAGUGUUUACAAGAAUUCCCAUGCUUUGAUAUCACCAGAAAGUCAUGUUUAUGGCCCAUUGCCUGAUUGGAGCGACACAACUGGGGCAUAUUUAAUUUCACCAGAAAUGGGUUCACACUUUUUAAUGUACCUAGCUAAGUUGAAAGAUAAUUCAAGAUCCGGACUACCCCUGCCUGGUGUGGAGAGGUUUAUCUUUGUGCUCCAAGGAACCGUCACCGUCACUAAUGCCACUGGAGUUAGCCAACUACUUAAGGUGGAUUCAUAUGCUUAUUUUCCUCCAAAUUUUGAACAUUCAAUUGAAUCUGAUGCACUUGGUACUAUUGUGGUAUUUGAACGAAGAUAUUCUCCACUGGCAAAUCAUAUCCCAGAGCCAUUGGUUGGUUCAACUGAUAAACACCCACUCCUUGAAACUCCUGGCGAGAUUUUUGAGCUACGGAAGCUUAUUCCAACAACUUUGGCAUACGACUUCAAUAUCCAUAUAAUGGAUUUUCAACCCGGAGAAUUUCUCAAUGUGAAGGAGGUCCAUUAUAACCAGCACGGCUUGCUACUAUUGGAAGGGCAAGGCAUUUAUCGUUUGGGUGAUAGCUGGUACCCAGUUCAGGCGGGUGAUGUCAUUUGGAUGGCACCAUUCAUCCCACAGUGGUAUGCUGCCCUAGGGAAAACAAGAACACGGUAUCUAAUAUACAAAGAUGCCAACAGAAGCCCGUUGUAAUAGUAAUUGUAAUUGUAAUUGUUGAUGGAGGUUAGACAAAUGAUAUGGAGGACAGUGACCCCCUUCUUAUGUAGUGAUUUAAAUAAAGGACUGAAUGCAUUUCACUAUC